GUAUCCCUGCGUGUACACUACUGUUGGCGGUGAGGAGAAAUUUCUGUCAUACAAUAGAGCUGAAACGGAGACCGCCAGACGAGGAGGUCGACGUUUGCGAAGUUUACAUUGUAUGCAGGAGACUUCCGAGCACUUUAUCGUGGAAUAAUAUCAAAGCAGGUGUUGUCGUUACGAAGCGUAUCCAAGAUGCUGAAGACAUUGCCUGGCCAUAUUUGAUUUGUUGCACGGAGGUCAAGGUGAAAAUCUGAUGAGAAGUGGCCUUUAGCACAUAGAAGGACACAUCUCAGAGAAGGCGAGAAGACUAGACACAGAGUGAGAAGAAUGUUUUUUUGCUCUUGCCAGAGCUGUUUCUCUCACAAUCUCUCAUCCCCAUCUGUUGGAGUACUUAUGCCAAGGGUGUUUCAUAAGCAAAAAUUCAACUCCUUUCUGCACUCUCUGCAGUACUUUGAAUGACACUUUUUCCAAAGAUAAUUCGAGAUAAUUUGCUUUUCUUCAAGCAAGAGACACGUCUUUGCAUUUGAUUAUUUGCAAGAUUUUGCAACCUUUUAGAAAAUCAGCACUUUGUGAGAACCCUCAAAGAAGGGUUUGCAGCCAAAGUGGGAAUUAAGUAUCAACAGUUUUUAAUCUUGUUGGAGAAACCAUGGCUUUCUCUCCUUAGAGUUUUAACUUGCAAACAACAACUAUGAUUCACCUGUGUAAUCAUAGUAGUCCCACUUAAAAUUAAAGAGACUUUUUAUCAUUGAUUUUAUUUACCUUGGCUGACACCUGAAUCAAGCUGUUCCAGCCUCGUCCUACUCUAGUAUGAGUUAUGACAACUCUAAGUCAGCCCCUAGCAGCAACAGUCGGGGGCGAGGGGCAAGGGCCAGUGAGAAAGAAAAAGACCAAGAAGCAGGGUCCACAGGGUUAAACUCUCUGAACAACAAUGGUGGCCAGCCCAACGCCAGUGUCCCCGGCCGGGAGCGAGGAGGAAGUGGAGGCGGAGGAGGCAGCUCAUCUUCAAGUAGGGGGUCUCAAUCAGGAGGCUCAUCAGGCGACCAAAGGGGACCCAACUUAGAUGAUAUGGACGGCCUCUCCAGCGGAAAUGACUCUGGGGAAAGGGAGAGCGAGGGAGGGAUGGAGAGGGAGAACGGGUCACGUGGGCGCCAGUCGACACGCAGCUCCCACAGCUCAUCCAAUGGCAAGGACUCUGGCAUGAUGCUUGAAACUACGGAGAGCAACAAGAGCUCCAACUCCCAGAGUCUCUCACCCCCCAGCGGCUCCCUGGCUUAUAGCUUGCUGUUGACCAGCUCAGAGCAGGACCCCCCCUCCACCUCGGGGUGCAGCAGUGACCAGUCUGCACGGGUCCAGACCCAGAAAGAGCUAAUGAAGGCCCUCAGGGAGCUCAAGAUCCGACUGCCGGCCGAGCGCAAGGUCAAUGGCCACUCCAGCACCUUAGACGCCCUCAAGUACGCCCUGAGCUGCGUCAAACAAGUUCGAGCCAACCAGGACUACUACCACCAGUGGAGUGUGGAGGAGUGUCAUGGCUGCAGUCUGGACUUGUCCACCUUCACGAUUGAGGAGCUGGACAACAUCACUUCAGAAUACACCCUCAAAAACACUGACACAUUCUCCAUGGCGGUGUCAUUCUUGUCAGGAAAGGUUGUGUACAUAUCACCCCAGGGCUCAUCCUUGCUGCGCUGUAAGCCUGAGCGCCUCCAGGGAACUAUCUUCUCUGAGCUUUUGGCUCCGCAGGAUGUCAGCACCUUUUACAGCAGCACAGCUCCCUGCCGCCUGCCCCCCUGGGCCACCUGCAUCGGUUCUGUCUCUCCUCCAAUCGACUGCACCCAGGAGAAGUCCAUGUUCUGUCGUAUCAGUGCUGACCGGGCGCAGGGCGGUGAGAUGCGUUACUACCCUUUUCGCCUCACACCCUACCAGCUCACCAUAAGAGAUUCAGACGCUGCAGAGCCACAGCCGUGCUGCUUGCUUAUUGCCGAGAGGGUCCACUCCGGAUACGAGGCUCCUCGGAUCCCUCCAGACAAGAGGAUCUUCACCACCAGCCACACUCCCAGCUGCCUCUUCCAGGAGGUUGACGAGAGGGCGGUGCCGUUGUUGGGCUACUUGCCCCAGGACUUGGUGGGAACUCCCGUUCUGCUCUACAUCCACCCUGAGGACAGGCCCAUGAUGGUGGCCAUACAUAAGAAGAUCUUUCAGUUCGCAGGACAGCCAUUUGACCAUUCACCUCUGAGGAUGUGCGCCCGCAGUGGGGAAUACCUGACCAUCGACACCAGCUGGUCCUCCUUCGUCAACCCCUGGAGCAGGAAGGUGGCGUUUGUUGUAGGGCGCCACAAAGUCCGAACGAGCCCACUGAACGAAGACGUUUUCACCAUGCCGCAGGCCUGCGAGAGUCGGGCCACCACGCCUGACAUCAUGCAGCUGAGCGAGCAGAUCCACCGUCUCCUGGUGCAGCCGGUGCACAGCGGCGGCUCACAGGGAUACAGCUCACUCGGUUCCAACGGCUCACGAGGUUCCCGGCAUUCACACCAACAACAUCUCAGUGCAUCGGCCGCCUCCUCUAGUGACAGCAACGGUCCUGGCAUGGAUGACGCUGCCGCAGUCGCCUUACACAAACCUAUGACGUUCCAGCAGAUCUGUAAGGACGUUCACAUGGUCAAGACUAACGGCCAACAGGUUUUCAUUGAGUCUCGCAACCGACCACCACCCAGAAAGCACACCAGCACAGGUGCAGCAGCGAGCACUGGAGCCAUCAGCACUGAUCCAAUCAGAGGUCUGAUCGCUGACAUGACAGGACCACCGAAAGCCCUGGUCCCCACCCCGCUCAUACCGAAGGAGCCCCCCACUGCCUACUCCUACCAGCAAAUCAACUGCCUGGAUAGCAUCAUAAGGUAUUUGGAGAGCUGUAACAUCCCUAAUACAGUUAAAAGGAAGUGCGGCUCCUCCUCCUGCACAGCCUCCUCCACAUCUGAUGAUGACAAACAGCAAGAGGCCAGUGGCAACACCAAAGGCAGGUCAGUGGGCCUGGUGGGGGAGCCAUCAUCUCUACCCCCUCUGACCAUGGCCAGCAAGGCAGAGAGCGUGGCAUCGGUCACAUCCCAGUGCAGCUUCAGCAGCACAAUCGUCCAUGUGGGAGACAAGAAGCCACCUGAGUCAGACAUUGUCAUGGAAGAGGCUCCUCCCACUCCCACGCUGACUCCUCCAACCACUACUCCUACUCCUCCUGCCACCACCCCAACUCCUCCCAUAAACACCCAGCCUCCUCCUGCUAACACAGCCAUUACACCGCCGCCGCCGCCGCCUCCUCCUCCUCCUCCUCCUCCUCCUCCUCCCCCCACUGCCCAACCAGAAAGGGACAGCCGGAGAAGUGGAGGGGGAGGCGCAGGCCGGCUGGGUCUGACUAAGGAGGUGCUGUCCGCCCACACCCAGCAGGAGGAGCAGGCAUUCCUGGACCGCUUCAAGGACCUCAGCAAGCUGCGCGUGUUUGAUCCGACUGCUUCCUCAACCGUGCGCUGCCACACCACAGCUACCAACCCUCUGUCAAGAGGCGUGCGCUGUUCUCGGGACUAUCCUGCCGCAGGAGGCAGCACCGGGCACAGACGUGGCCGUGGGGGUAAACGGCUCAAGCACCAGGAGACGUCUGAGCAGCACAGCUCCCUGGGCCUCAGUGGGAACCUCAGAGACCCCGCCACCAGCACGGCUCCUCUGCCCCUCAGCAUGCCCCUUGGGGCACCCACAAAUUCCUCCUCCUGGCCGUCUGUUGGCUCCCAAGCCAACAUACCCUCUGUCCCCUUCCCUCCCAGUAUGCUUCCGAUCUACCCGAUUUACCCGCCUCUUUCCCAGCCCAUGCCUGUCCCAGACCCAUCACGUUUCCCCCCCACCCAGAUGGUACCUCCAAUGAUGGCCCUUGUUCUGCCCAACUACAUGUUCCCUCAGAUGGGUGGGCCCAUGACUCAGCCAGGUGCUACCCCCGGACACUUCUACAAUCCCAACUUCACCUACCCCGGAACCACCCCGGCCACGCCCUUGCCCGCUCCUGCAGUCGGCUCCAACCCCGUGCCCAUCCCGGCCACCUGUGCCCCGUCCCGCAGCAGCACCCCACAGUCCUGCAGCCAGACCCCCGCUGACCGCGAGGGCGCCGAGUCACCCCUCUUCCAGUCCCGAUGCUCGUCCCCUCUCAAUUUGCUGCAACUGGAGGAAUCACCUAGCAACCGGUUAGAAGUUGCCACUGUCCUGGCAGCAUCACAGCAAGGCACCCCUUCUGCACAGGCAGGAGGCGCCAGUGGACAGAGCUCAGCCAAUCAGAGGAGCUCUGCUGAUACCUCCAAGGAGAAUGAGAAUGGUGAAGCUAAUGAGUCCAACCAGGAUGCCAUGUCCACCUCCAGCGACCUGCUGGAUCUGUUGCUCCAGGAAGACUCCCGCUCAGGCACCGGCUCAGCUGCCUCCGGCUCGGGCUCCUCGGGGACGGGAUCCUCGGGCUCUGGCUCCGGUUCUGGCUCUAACGGCUGCAGCUCCUCUGGCACCAGCGGCACCAGGAGCAGCCACACCAGUAAAUACUUUGGCAGCAUCGACUCAUCGGAGAACGACCACUCCCGCAAACAGCCAGCAGGGGGCAGCAGCAGUGGCGGAGGGGACAGUGGCGAGGAGCAGUUCAUCAAGUGUGUCCUGCAGGAUCCCAUCUGGCUGCUGAUGGCCAACACUGACAACAAGGUCAUGAUGACAUACCAGCUGCCUGUCAGGGACAUGGAGGCGGUACUGCGUGAGGACCGGGAGGCUCUGAGGACCAUGCAGAAACAGCAGCCACGCUUCACUGACGAGCAGAAGAGAGAGCUGAGUCAGGUCCACCCCUGGAUCCGCACAGGACGCCUGCCCCGCCCCAUCAACAUCUCUGCUUGUUCCGGCUGCAAGUCUCCGCCCUCGGUUCCUCCGGCCGCUCCGUUCGAUGUGGAGAUACACGAGAUGGAGUUGUGCAGUGUCCUGGAGACCCCCGAGGAGGGUGGCAGCAAGGACAAGAAAAAUCUGUUAGACAUGGCCAUGGAUGAGGCUCACCCAGAGGAUGAAGACGAGGAGGAGGAGGAAGAAGACAAAGGAACCAAAACACAAGGCAGCGACCAGGAAAUGGCGGCAGAGGAUCAGGAGGUGACCUCGCAGGCUAUGGAAGAGAAGACGGGGUCUGAGCCAGCUGAGUCUGAUAUGACCCACUGAGAGGCGGCCGACGAUCCUGAGUUUUUCGCUGUGACCUUUCCACAGCGACACCUUGAAAAUGUGCACAUUCCGAAUCUGCCCAUAACGUCAUUACGCAGUCUUUAAUUUGUUGAAAUGGGCACAACGGGAAGUUAAGGUGCAUUUUCAAGUGGUUGAGACGACUUCCACAUCCAGUUGGUUGUUGUCAGUUCAAACAUGACACUAAUUGUCAAGUCACCGGCGAGUCAGCGUCGAUGACAUCACACUAAGCACCUUGGACGGCUACGUAUGAGAUGCCUUGGAGAGCACAAACGUGCACACUCAGUUUUAGAGAGUGGAUAAGAACUUUUUUCCACAGCUGUUCUUGUAGGUCUUUGUGUAUUUAUUUAAAGAGAUGUAAUAUAAUCAGAGAAGACCUAAGGUGAGGCUGGUAGCAGUUGAAAGACAGUGAAUGUGUUACAAAAGGGUCCCUUUAUGUAAGACGGGUGUGCUUGACCACCGUGUCCUCCUUGGGGUUUUGAUCUCUAUGUUCAGGGUUCACUGCACAAGGAAAGAAGGGAGUUUACCUGCUCACCUCUGUGACUUUGCUUCUCUUGUUGAAUGUUCCCCAGAUUGUCUGGGAUUAGUGUCAUGCACCCACCUGGAUCCCAAAAAUAUUGGAUUUUUUUUCUUAUGUAAAAAAAAAAAAAAAAAAAAAAAACUCUAGACCUGUUAAAAGAAAUAGUAAUGUCCAUGUAGUAGACAAAAUGUACAGUGAGAAACAGGUUGACUUUAUUUUGUAAGCAUUGUGUAUAUUUUUAUACCUUCAGCCGCUGUAAAUACAGAGAGGAGAAAUGCCCAAGAAAGUGUCUGUGCUGUAAGCAGCAGAUUGAGUCUUUAUGAAUUUGCAACAGACAAUAAAAAAACAAUCAGAUCACCAUCUUGCUGGAAAGGAGACGGUGUUUCUUGUGACACUGCAAUCCAGUCGCUCUACCGGAGUGACUGAAAGCUCAAGACGAGAUGGCGUGGCAAUGGCCAGGAAUCUGAACCGGACUUUUCAUGGUUUCUCCUCGGUCGGGCAUUAGUCUGUGUGCGGUUUACUCCAUGACGGGAAGCUCUGAGAAAUGAUUCUCAUCUAAGACAGUAUUUCCCAAACUGCCAGCACCCAGAGGAAGCGUGAAGCCUGCAGUGGAGGGGAGACGUGUUUUGUGGUAACCGGGUGAUCGAAAGAGGUGGGCAUGAAGUACCUCCACCUCUUGGAGCUUGGAGAGUGCAUUUCCUAUCUUCUCUUGUCCUCUCUGUGCUCUCUCACUCCCUCUCUCUCUCUUCCUCUCUGUGGCACUGUUCUGGUCAUGUGAUAUCCUAUGCUUUAUGGCGUCAUUGGUGUUUGCGACAGUUUCUAAAUAUUUUUGUGAAAUUCUUUGUACAAAAAAACACAAUAAAAUGACUCAAAAGGCCUUUGAGAUGUUAA